GCAAAAAUACGCGACGGACCAUUUUAUCCAGUGAGGGAAGGACAGCUAAUUCGUGUUCAACAACAUUAUAAACGUCUCAGGCUACAUGUCUGGCGCAGAUUAGUUGUAUUAAGUGACAUUUUGUUGAUGUAUUGAAGACAGACACAUUAUCUCAGACGUGGUUAUGUUGAAUUCACCGCAGUAACGUCAGUUUAUUAUCUGAGAGGAUGUUUACUAAACCGUUUCGUGUCAAAUCCAACACCGCAAUCAAGGGAUCCGACAGGAGAAAGCUCAAAGCUGACAUAGCUGCAGCCUUCCCCUCACUGUCUGCUGAUGAGCUGUCGGAGCUGGUCCCCAACAAAGAGGAAAUAAACGUGGUGAAGAUGUACGCGCACAAGGGAGAUGCUGUGACAGCUUACGUUCUUCACAAAAAUCCAUUGUUCUUUGAAGUUGAGAAACGCAUUUAUCCUACAGUGUAUGUGCUUUGGCGUUACCCUGCUCUCUUACCGACAUUCAGGACAUGGUCUCCUGUGCUUCAAAAGCUGAUAGGAGGGGCUGAUCUCAUGUUGCCAGGUGUGGUGGUGCCUCCAUGUGGCCUUCCCGAUGUGAAACAAGGGGAUUGCUGUGCUGUUACCGUAGUGAACAAUAGCGCUCCUGUUGCAGUCGGCACAGCUGCAGUGUCCACUGCAGAGAUGCACGGUUUGGGUAUGAAAGGGAGAGGAGUGUGUGUUCUCCACACGUACAUGGACUAUCUCUGGGCGUUUGGAGAUAAGUCGAGCCCUCCUUCUUUACCCGAAGCAGAAGGUGAAGGACAAGGGCUGAAUGAAGAGGAAUGUGAGGUCAGCGAGAAAGAAGAGGAGGAGGAGGAGGAGGAGGGGGUUGAGAUGUGUGCGGAGGAGCAACAGAGUCCUAGUGAAACAGUCACAGAUCAAGCCCGUUCUGCUAUUGGAGAGCUGAGUCUAGCUGAGCAGGAGGAGGAGAAGGGUGACAAGGGUAAUGAGAAAGAGGAGGAGAACCAGGAUGACCAGAAAACGCCACAAGAAAUAAUGGACGCUCUGCUGUUGCAGUGCUUUCUGCACGCUCUGAAGUGUAAGGUGAAGAAGUCAGAGCUCCCUCUGCUGACCAGCACAUUUCUCCGCAACCACAUGUUCUCAUGCUGCCCAAGUGGAAUGCAACUUGAUAUUAAGAAAUCCAGCUAUAAAAAGCUGUCCAAGUUUCUGCAGACCAUGCAGCAGCAGCAUAAUCUUGUGCGAGUGAAAGAACUCACCAAAGGUGUUGAGAGCAUUGUGGAGGUGGACUGGAAAAAUCCAACAUUGCGAUCCUUCAGAGCUCCAGAAGAAUCGGACGUCGAAGCAGCACCGUUGCAAGAUAGAGGAGAAGGAGAAAUUCCAUUCCAUCCUCCAGAAAUCACAACCUUGUACUCUGUGUCUGCUCGGCUCCAGCCUCUUUUUCUGGAUGCAAACAAAAGGAAAGGAGCAACAAUGCAUCCUGCUGAAGUAAGAAGUAUUGUCACAGAAUAUGUCAAGAAGAAUGAACUAGUGGAUGAAAAUAAUAAGAAUUAUGUGACCAUUAACCCGACUCUGUGUGACUGCCUACUGGAGAAAUCUGAGUACCAGGAGGUAGAGUCUCUCAAGUGGGAUGACCUCUUUAGCAGGACACUGUCAAGAAUGCAGGAGUGUUAUCAAGUUGUGUUCCCUGGACAAGCGCCCAUAAUAAAAAAGGGUCAUAUUGACCCCAUAGACAUUACGGUGGCUUCUCGUGGCUCCAAUAAGAAGGUAACUCUAAUAAAGAACCUGGAAGUGUAUGGUUUGGAUCCCACAGUCGUGGCCACUGCUUUACAGCGCAGAGUCCAGGCCAGCUCUGUCUUACAGCCUAUUCCAGGAGCCAAAGACAGAGUCCUUGUCCAGAUCCAAGGCAACCAGAUUCAUCAAGUCAGCAAUUUGCUUCUCGAACGUUACCAAAUUCCUCGUAAGUACAUCCAAGGACUAGACAAACCUCCAAAAGCUGGGAAGAAGAAGUAACAUUUCGAUCUGCUAUACCGACUGUUCAUUGUAUGUAUAAAACUGAAAACGGUUGACCAUUCAUGUAAUAAAAUGGAAUCACUGUCUUAUUCUGAAAGUCAA